GCCCACCGUGAACGGUCCCAGCAAGCGUGCACUGGCCCGCGGGAGCCCGGAGCGCUCGGGAACGCGCAAACGCGCGCCCCGGCCCCCCCAGCACAAGAGCCGGAGAGAGGGAGGCGAAGGAGGAAGGCAGCAUCAUCACCACCAGCAUCAGCAUCAGCAUCAGCAGCGGCCGCUACAUUGGCGUGCAUGAGACUACUCGGGCUCCCCUCCGAUCCGCACUGCCCGCUUCCAGACAGCAUUCACCCUUGCGCCGCGAUGAAACGGGCAAGGAGAGCAGCGAUCCUGCCGACUGGCCGCUGAACGAGGAAGGACAAGGGCGACCUGGCGAGACUUGGUCGGGAUUGGAAUGAUCUGAAGUCAGCGUGUUAUUGGACAUGGGCGUUGGCUGGUUGUACCGACUGGGCGCGUUGCUCCUCGUGUCUAGCCUAACCUGGCGACAGAGUUUUUCGCAGAGUGCCGCUCCAGAGAUGAAACAACGGAAUAAUGACAACAUCACAAUCUUCACUCGAAUACUGGACAGUCUUCUGGACGGAUAUGAUAACAGGCUCAGACCUGGCCUGGGAGAAAGAAUAACGGAAGUUAAAACUGAUAUCUACGUUACAAGCUUUGGCCCUGUGUCGGAUACUGAAAUGGAGUACACCAUCGAUGUAUUCUUCCGUCAGAGUUGGAAGGACGAGCGGCUGAAGUUUAAGGGACCAAUGCAGCGUCUGUCCCUGAAUAACAUGCUGGCCAGUAAGAUAUGGACUCCGGACACCUUCUUCCACAAUGGCAAGAAGUCCAUUGCUCACAACAUGACCACCCCAAACAAGUUGCUCAGGUUGGUCGAGGACGGUACGCUGCUCUACACUAUGAGGUUAACCAUUUCUGCUGAGUGCCCCAUGCAACUAGAAGACUUCCCAAUGGACGUUCAUGCUUGCCCCCUUAAAUUUGGAAGCUAUGCGUAUCCGAACUCUGAGGUCGUUUAUGAAUGGACUAACGAGACGUACAAAUCUGUGGUUGUGGCUGAAGACGGCUCUCGCCUGAAUCAAUACGACUUGUUGGGACACACAGUGGGAGAUGAACUGAUCAGAUCAAGCACAGGUGAUUAUGUAGUGAUGACAGCACAUUUCCAUUUGAAGAGAAAAAUAGGUUAUUUUGUCAUCCAAACCUAUCUCCCCUGCAUCAUGACUGUUAUCUUAUCCCAGAUGUCAUUUUGGUUGAACAGAGAAUCUGUCCCUGCCAGAACAGUGUUUGGUGUGACCACUGUGCUGACAAUGACAACACUGAGCAUCAGCGCAAGAAACUCGUUGCCAAAAGUAGCAUAUGCCACCGCAAUGGACUGGUUCAUAGCUGUCUGCUACGCAUUUGUCUUCUCCGCUCUCAUAGAGUUUGCGACAGUCAAUUACUUCACUAAACGAAGCUGGGCGUGGGAUGGGAAAAAAGCCAUGGAAGCCUAUCAGUCCAAGAAAAAGGACACCUUGACAAGAAACAUGAACAAUGCAUACGCCAUCGGAGGGAUGACCUAUCCGCCAAACAUUACGAAGGAACCCGUCAUCUCGAGUAUUUCGAAGAGCACCACUGUGCACAUGAAGGCAGAAGAAAGGGUGGCUGAAAGUAAAAAAUCUUAUAACAGCGUCAGCAAAAUUGACAAAAUGGCCAGAGUUGUGUUUCCUGUCUUCUUUGGCAUUUUCAAUUUGGUUUACUGGGCAACGUACCUGAACAGGGAUCCAGUUAUAAAAGAAGCCAUUACUCCAAACUAACCACCUAGGGGAAGUAAAGGGCCUGUCCCACGAGCAUGCGACCUGCAUGC